AACGACGACAAGAGAAUGUCAGUUGAGGUGUCGCCAACGGUCGCUGUUCGAAUGGAUGCGAACACCGCGUCAAGCCUAACGGUUAACGGCUGUUGUUUUUGUACGUUGGUGAGCUAACAAACCGCGGGUUGCUAGCGGACCCGUUAGCAUGACAGCACAAUCCGAGAGACGUUCAGCUGUCUGGUGUCGAGUGACAGCUCAGUGCAGUAGCAGAGGUCAGCUAACUUAACCCACCUUUACCGUUUCAUUUUGUCACACAAAUGGGCUGUUGUGCUCUUGUUAAGACAUAAAGUGACGGUAAUAAUUCAAACAUGAACGGAAUAAAACGGUAACCGCUGUCUGACCAGCUAACGGCUAACCAACUAAUGGUGUGUAACCGUGUGAGUCGCCAGGGUUUCCCUCUGCUCCAAUGCUCGGACAGGGGCAUCACAAGAUCUCCUCAGGCAAUGAAGUAAGCUGCUAUUUAAAGCCAGCGUGGAAAAAAAUAAAAACAUAACUCAUGUGAGAAGCUGCUGCGCUGUCUGAUAUUUAAUAAGAUUUAGAUACAGGCACACGGUGCUUAAAUUGCCCCAUGAUGUUUACUACACUGCUGGGUUGUUGGUGCAUCACGCUGAGUCGUCACCGUCAGUCCAUUGCUGCAUGUCAGGAUAAUAACCAAUCCCAUCAGUCCCCGUCGUGGAGAAGGCGCGUACUGUUUUCCAGCCCGCCCUGAACAGCUCUCCUCAUUCCUCCCCGUCUCGCCUGCCUUCCUGCUCCAGCAUAUGUCUUUUUUUUUUUUUUUUUUUUUGCCUGCACAGGGGUAAGUUACACAACUAGCCCGUCAUGCAAAAUAGAAACACGUGUCUGUAGGCGGUGCAGAGAAGGGCAGGUUUACAGAACAACAAAGACCGCAGAGGAGAAAGACAGCUGUGUCGCAGGUUGAUUUUUGGUUUUUAUUCGCGAUUUAUGUAGCCCGAAACUUGCCGGUGUGAUCUCGCAUUGCACAUUUUGAAAUGAGGGAUACGGGCUCAACAUGUGUUUUUCUUCUAGAGAGGACAAUGAUACGAACAUGAUCAACGCCGAUGGCUUCUCAAAAUGCGAGGCGACUCUGCAAGACAGAGGCAGGAGGAGGCCACCCGCAGAGAUGCUCCAUCUGCUGUCAGCUGUUAUUGUUUGGCUGGUGACGGGAACCACCAUCUCCAGCCUCAACAAAUGGAUAUUCGCAGUUUACAACUUCAGGUACCCUCUGCUGCUGUCAGCUCUGCACAUGCUGACGGCCAUAGUGGUGGACUAUGGGCUGAUCAAACUGCGGGUGAUCCGCCACAGAGGGGCUGGAGAGCAGGACUUGACCCCCAGCGCAAAAUGUAAGGUGUUCCUGUUGAGUCUGACAUUUUGUGCCAGCAUCGCCUUUGGGAACAUGGGUCUGAACUAUGUCCAGCUGUCGUUUGCACAAAUGAUCUACACCACCACUCCGCUCUUUACUCUGGCCAUCUCCACGCUGAUCCUGGGCAAGCAGCAUCACAUCCUCAAAUACACAGCCAUGAUGCCCAUCUGCCUGGGAGCCUCCUUCAGCAUCAUGGGAGAGGUCCAGUACGAUCAGACCGGCUGCUUCUUCGUGUUCGCAGCAACCAUGUUGAGGGGUGUCAAGUCCAUUCAGCAGAGCAUCUUACUUCAGGAGGAGAAGAUCAACUCUGUGUUCCUGCUCUACCUGAUGUCCAUUCCUAGCUUCUGCAUCUUGGCCGUGGCAGCUCUGGCCUUAGAAAACUGGGCUAUGCUGGAGUCGCCGCUGCAUUAUGACCGCCACCUGUGGGUCUUUAUCUUGCUCAGCUGCCUGGGCUCUGUCAUGUACAACCUGGCCAGCUGCUGCGUCAUCACGCUCACCUCCGCCGUCACUCUGCAUAUCCUCGGCAACCUAAGCGUGGUGGGGAACUUGCUGUUGUCUCAGCUGCUUUUCGGCAGCGAGUUAUCCGCCCUUAGCUGCGCCGGCGCGGCACUGACUUUGUCUGGCAUGCUCAUAUAUCAGAACUCAGAGUUUAUCGUCAGCUACAUGGACGCACGCAAGGCCAAAGCUAAGAAGUCCGGACAGGUGGAUUUCCACACUGCAAGUGGAGAGGACAUGGACAAAGCCAGCGCGUCUCACCCAACAUAUCAUCAGAGAGCGGAGGGGAAACAGGAAGACAAGAUAGACUAAACUGAAAGGAUGAAGGAGAGAAUAAAACACUGAAGGAUAAAAUGAUUAAGUUUGAAUUCUCUUUCCCCUUGUGUCUUUAAGGGGGUCUAGAGUUGCAGAGGGAGUGUGACCUUAUAAGGCCAUUGUCACUUAAUGAUGUGACAGAUUUAUUUUUAAAUUAAUUUUUCAACUUCCUCACUGUGCCAAUUUUAUUUCUCCUCUGGUCACACAGAAGUGGAGUCUGCAGAGAGGGAAAGGUUGCCUUUAUUUAUCACGAUGGUGGUUUGAAUUCUCUCCUUCAUCUGUAAAUCACUCAUACAUAGCCUAUAGCAGUAUAUGCAUGCAUGAGCACACUAAACUGUUUGAUACCUCAUCGGGUAUUCGCACUGUCACUCAUACUACUCCACUGUGAAAAUGUUCUCAUUUACAGAGGGCUCUAAUAAAUGUUUUGGGUGACUGUUGUGAAUAUUGUAGAGCUAUUGAAGGGGGGCGGGGCAUAGAGAGCAAAUCUGAACGGGCACAAUUUAUAUUAUAAAUAUAUAUUGAUAGUACUGUUACCUGACACUCACCUGGCCCUGUCAUGGUAAGGGACUGGGUUUUUGGCAGCUUUUUUUUUGUUUGAUGUGAAUUGGGAAGCUUGUUAAUUAAGGACACUAAAACUUUUGUUUAGAGGCAGAAGUUACAGUGAUGGACAAAGCCAACAUUCUGUGCAAUGAGACACCUCUUUUCCUCUGCUGAAGCACAUUUUUAACAAGAGGCCUGAGCUUUGUGUUUUGUCCAUCCACAAUGAACCUCGCCGUGGCUUCCCACCUAAGUCCCAGAUUUUGUUCUCGUACCAGCUUGAAAAGACGGUCUCUGUAGAAUUAGUCCAAUUAUUUCCAUCUUUUACAACAGGGCACUCACUGCAGCGUUCCUAGAUAAUUAGGUUCACAAGUUCUCUAAGGAGUGUCACUCAACUUUAGCUGUCUAUUCCCUGCGGAGGAGAUGUGGAAAAAGAAGAUUGAGCUGUCCUUUAAGGUUGCUUCUUAAAUCUUUACCAAUGUCAUCUGUUAGGCUUAAUGUUUCCCUUUUUGUGGGUGACAUUUUUUUUUAGAAAGUUAGUUACCAGCACAGCUUGAAAAAUGGACCUCUGCUGGACAGUGUUGUGUUUUCUCUCAGUAUUUGAAAAGCAUUUUAUUGACAUGAUUUUAUUUUGUGACAAAACAUAUUCCCCUUUUUAAAAUGUAUGUGGAAGAAGAUAUUUAUUUUUUGAAUGGUCAUAGCAAUCACUGGCUUUGUAAUGCUGUAGAUCUUUGUCCUCAAGUGUCUUGCACAUGCAUACAUGUAAUAUUAGACGGCACUAGUCUCUCCUGCCGUCGCUCUUUAGAGUAAAGUCAGGUGUACUAGGCAGACAACUGCAUGCCGCUGCCCCUGAAAACAUCUUUGGGGAUGUCUGUUACCAUACACUCCCUCCUACAUGUAUGAUAUGUCAAAUGUUUACUUUGAAAGCUUUUUAUCAUACACACUGUUAUAAUAUUGGUUCUGUCAGUGAGCAGACAUGCUCACGUAUAGUUUGAGCUGUCACGUGACAACAAACAAAACAAAAAAGCCAUAAAUCCAAGAGUUUGUUUUUAAUGACACCCGCCACAUUUCUGUGCAUAUUUUGCCACAAGAGUAACUGCAGGCGGUAUUGUAUGUUGAGAGAUUUAACUUUUUCAAGGGUGCCAUUCAUAAAAUUACAUUGUCACUGAGCAUCAUAUCAAAUUAAUCAAAGUAAUUAAUUAAAUUAAAGAUCAUAAAUCUGCAGACAGUUCAAAAUAAGUUGAAAAAAAGCUAUAGUUUUAUUUCCCAGUUGGAUAAAUGGCAAUGUUGGUUUAAUAUUUCCAGAUAAUAAAUGUUGUCAGUCAUCCUCAGUUACAUAGUUGAAGAUUAUGUACAGCCGAUAAUUUCACUGGUUUUACAUUAUUGAAUACCUCAGCUGUUAAAUAGGACUCAUUAUGCCCCUCUUGUGUUAAUUGAUUAACUAUUGGACUGAGAUCAAGUAGCUUAACAUCCACAAUAAAACUGCUGCAUGUGAAUUAAGGAUUCUACUGUGUUCAGUAGAGAAUCUAAUCACCGAUGUCAACAUGUUUAAAAACCUACUAAUGUUGGUAAGAACUGCCUCUGCUGUCGUCUUUUAGUUUUAUAAUCUCAGUUUGGCUGCUUGUUCUAAUGGAUAUCAUGUUGAGUGGAUUAUGAGUGUGGGGCAAAGCAACUGUUGAACUGAAAAGGUACAAAGACGCUGCCCCUCGAAGCCUGUGGUUCCUGUGUACAUACUGGUUUUAAAUAUUUGCAAAGCUAGUUGGGUGUAAAUAGUUAUUUUAUUAUAUUUAUGUAUUUUAUAGUCAUACAUUGCUGGUUUAAACUGUACUGGUUUAAGAAUGAAACAUUUGCCUCAUGCCUUAUUUGGACAUAAUGUAGAUGAGAAAGGAUGAUUUGAGUUGUCAUUUUGUCAAAACAUUUUUUGGUUAAUACUUUGAAUGCCAACUGCAGCUACAGGUGCUUCUGUUUGGGGGCAAAGAUAUCUACGAUUUAUACACGUGAUCUGCAAUUGCUUGAAUAAAAAUAAAUGGACUGGUACAAUAAAUAAUAACAAAACUAA